AUGUACACGAGCGAAGCCUGCGAUUCCAGCUACGUCGGGUCGUACAUGCCGGAGGAGGCUGACUGGCGGCGACGGGGCCCGGAAUUGCUGCGCUGCCUCGACCGCGGCGACGCGGCCAAGGCGCAGCCGCUCGCGCUCGACUACGUGCUGCAGCGCGCGCGGCGGCACGCGGCCCUGGGCGCCCGGGGCAAGCUCCCGAAGAAGAUGCAGCCCCACUUCGACCUCUUCGUCAAGCGCGGCGAGAAGCGCGACGACCCCGCCGUCGGGCGCCGGUUCCUGGGGAGCUUCCGCUGCCUGGGCGUGGCGCCCUCCGCGUUCGGCCAGGGCCGGCGCGAGUUCUACGAGGGCAUCCUCCUCGCCAUCGAGUCGCGCUUCAUCCAGACCGGCGACUACAGCGCCAACACGGCGCUCGGCGGCGGGUGCCACGCCUUCGACGGCUACGCGGUGGACGAGUGGGACGGGGAGAUCCGGCUCCGGAGCAAGAGCAAGGCGGCCUACGACAAGUGGCUCGCGUCGAUGAAGGACGGCGGCUUCGACAAGCGGAGCGCGUCGAUGAAGGACGGCGGCUUCGACAAGUGGCGCGCGUCUUUCGAGGUGACGAUCGCGGCGCGGACGACGGAGCAGAAGGCGGCGAUCUCGAAGAACCUCUCGGCCGGACAGACCGGAGUCCCCAAACCGAACUUGAAGAAGACGCGGGCGACCCAGGCGGCGGCGGCCAUGGCCGAGCGCCGGAAGGCCUGGGCGGCGCGCCGCGAGCCCGCGGCGCUCCCGGAGAUCGACCUCAUGAAUGGCAAAGCGGUCGUCGUCGAGCUCUUCGAGCGCGGCGAGAUCGCGCAGCGCUCGUACGAGCAGGCCAUCCGGCCCUACAACCUCGGCUCGGUGGGCGCGGCGCGCCGCCUGCUCAUCAAG